CAGAAAGCUUCCCCCAGCCCUGACUGCUAUUCAUUAACACUGCAAGGCAGGGACGUGCUGCUGCCUGUAAUGCACUGAAGCCUCUGCCUUUAGCCUACACUUGUGCCAUAAAGAAUGUACCCCAGAUCUACAGGCCCCCUUUUAUCGUUACCAGUCGUGCUCAUAAAGCCCUGAAUUGGUACCUUUUUUAUAAGAAUAUUUGUAUAUUCUGAGGAUUUUUUUUUUAAUGUUGGCAUCUUCUUAUCAUGGACAGACAAGGUUCCCUCCUGGUCCCCUCUUGCUUAAAGGGAGUGCUGCUCAUCUUGCUUGUAUUUAACACUAACGGAGACGCAACGCAUUUUUGUGGCAGCAUGGACAUCCGCAACGAUGUGUCCCAGUUCCGCAAGCUGGAGAACUGUACGGUCAUCCAGGGAAACCUGCAGAUCCUGCUCAUGUUUAGCACCAAACCUGAAGACUUCCGUGGCCUACGCUUCGAACGCCUGACCAUGAUCACCGAAUACCUACUUCUGUUUCGAGUCUAUGGCUUGGAGAGUCUUCGGGACCUCUUCCCCAACCUGUCCAUCAUCCGAGGCACAGAUCUCUUCUUUCAUUAUUCGCUGGUGAUCUUUGAGAUGCCCCACCUAAGAGACAUUGGCCUCCAUAGCCUCACAAACAUCCUGAAUGGGGCUGUGCGCAUUGAACGCAACCAAGAACUGUGUCACAUUUCCACCAUAGACUGGAGCCUGUUGUCAGAGUCGGUGGAGAACAACUACAUUGUAGGAAAUAAGCCUGUAGAGGAAUGCGCUGAUGUCUGUCCCGGAAUACGUGACUCUGGGGAAUCUUGUAUAAAGACCCCUAUCAAUGGAAACAUGGAGUCUCGCUGUUGGACAUCCACCUCCUGCCAGAAAGUGUGCCCUUGUAAAGAAGACAUUGCCUGCUCCAACACUGGCGAAUGUUGCCACCCUGAGUGCCUGGGUGGCUGUAACAAGGCUGGAGAUCCUCGUGCCUGUGUGGCUUGCCGUAACUUCUACAUUGAUGAUCAGUGCCUUCCCUCUUGCCCACCUGGAACCUUUGAGUAUGAAGGUUGGCGCUGCAUCGAAGAGGCUUAUUGUGGCAACUUGCUCAAGGAGUCUGAGAACUCCGAGUCUACAAAGUUUGUCAUCUUCGAAAACCGGUGCCUGUCCGAGUGCCCAUCUGGGUACACAAGGAACGAUAGCAGUAUCUUCUGCCAUAAGUGUGAGGGACUUUGUCCGAAGACGUGUAAAGCUGGGAACAAAGUUAUAGACUCCCUUGAAGCAGCAAAAGAGCUGACUGGUUGCACUAACAUUGAGGGAAACUUGAUUCUCAACAUUCGCAGAGGACACAACUUGGCUUCUGAGUUGCAACAGAGUCUGGGGCUCAUUGAAACCAUCACUGGCUUUCUGAAGAUAAAGCACUCUUUUGCUCUUGUCUCUUUAUCCUUCUUUAAAAACCUAAAGCUGAUCCGAGGGGACACCAUGGUAGAUGGGAACUACACUUUGUAUAUAUUGGACAACCAAAAUCUUCUGCAGCUUUGGACCCCCGAGAGUCUUUCGAUCCCUGUUGGAAAACUGUAUUUUGCUUUCAACCCAAAGCUGUGCCUGUCUGAGAUCUACCACAUGGAAGAGAUCACUGGAACCAGGGGAAGGCAGAACAAAGCUGAUAUCAAUCCACGCACCAAUGGAGAUCAGGCUUCCUGCAACAUUCGCCCUCUGCGUUUUGUCAGCAACUGGACAGAAGCUGAUCGGAUCAACCUAAAAUGGGAACGUUAUCAGCCUCCUGGCCAUGACUUGCUGAGCUUUGUCGUACACUACAAAGAAUCGCCAUUCCAGAAUAUAACAGAGUACCUGGGACAAGAUGCCUGUGGGGCCAACAGUUGGAAUGUAGUUGAUGUGGAGCUGCCGCUAAACAAUGAGCAAGAGCCCAGCGUUACCCUGACAAACCUCAAACCAUGGGUCCAAUAUGCCAUAUACGUUCGAGCUAUUACUCUAACCGCAGAAGAGAAUGGGCGGAAGUUUGGGGCACAAAGUGAUGUUGUCUAUAUUCGAACAAGGCCAGCAGCCCCUACUGUCCCUCAGGACGUCAUGAUUAUGUCCAACUCUUCCUCACACUUGAUCGUUCGAUGGAAGCCGCCGACUCAGCGCAAUGGGAACCUCACCUACUACUUGGUGCUGUGGCAGCAGAUGGUGGAGGAUAAGGAACUUUACCUGAAUAACUAUUGUACAAAAGGUCUGAAGCUGCCAACCAGCAGUGCCGACACCAGAUUUGACAAUGAUGACAAUGGCAAUCAAGAUCCCAACCAGGACACAGAGGAUAAGUGUUGCCCAUGUCAGAAGGAUGGAGGCCUACACCCCGAGAUGGAUGAAGGCUCUUUUCAGAAAAAGUUUGAGAACUUCCUGCGGAACACUAUCUUCAUCCCAAAGCCACCCUGGAAAGUGACAUUAAUCAACAAGGACAAUCAGAGGGCUCCAAAGAGACGGAGAGAUGUGCCAGGAAUGAAUCCCGAAGUCCUUGGCAACGCUUCCCUUCCAGAAGGAACUGUGAGCCAUACCAUUAACCACACAGGGGUCGACUCGAAACCCUAUUCCUACAAAGACAAGGUCUUUCUAAAUAGGAUGGUCAUAUCAAAUCUGAGACACUUCACCGAGUAUCGGAUCGAUAUUCAUGCCUGCAACCACGCUGCAGAGAUUGUCGGGUGCAGCGCAGCCACCUUUGUGUUUGCUAGAACCAUGCAGGACCCUCUCGCUGAUAACAUUGUUGGGAAUAUCACUUGGGAGGUCACAGCGAAAAAUGCUAUCCUGAUGAAGUGGGAAGAACCAAAAAAUCCCAACGGACUAAUCCUAAAAUACGAGAUCAAGUACAAACGUGAUCAUGAGGAAGGGCCUCCAACUGUGGUGUGUGUGUCCCGCCAACAAUUCCAGCGGUAUAAAGGUGUCCAUCUCACAUUGCUUCAACCUGGAAAUUAUUCGGCUCGUAUCAGAGCCACCUCGUUGGCUGGGAAUGGAUCGUGGACGGAACCAAUGGUAUUUUUCAUUCUUGGUCCUGCAGAGGAACCAUCUGAAAACUUGUAUCUACUCCUCAAAGUCUUGCCCAUUAUUCUUUUGGUGGUCAUUGCGUUUCUGGCCGUAUUCAUAUUCUUUUAUAAUAAAAAAGGGAACAACAAUGGAUACCCCAAUGGAACAUUAUAUGCUUCUGUAAAUCCAGAGUAUUUUAGUGCUUCUGACAUGUACGUUCCAGAUGAAUGGGAGUUCCCAAGAGAGAACAUCACUAUCAUCAAAGAACUGGGCCAAGGCUCUUUUGGGAUGGUUUAUGAGGGCGUCGCCAAGGACAUUGUCAAGAAUGAACCGGUAACCCGAGUGGCCUUGAAAACCGUAAAUGAACUGGCAACAACGAGGGAGCGCAUUGAGUUCCUGAAUGAGGCAUCUGUCAUGAAAGCAUUUCUGUGCCACCAUGUGGUUCGAUUGCUGGGAGUGGUGUCUCAGGGGCAACCUGCUCUGGUGAUCAUGGAGUUGAUGACAAGGGGAGACCUGAAGAGCUACCUACGUUCCUUAAGACCAGAUGAGGAGAAUAACCACCCUGGUAACCAGCCGUCUCUUAAGCGAAUGAUUCAGAUGGCAGGAGAAAUAGCCGAUGGCAUGGCCUACCUGACUGCAAAGAAGUUCGUUCAUCGAGAUUUGGCUGCCCGCAACUGUAUGGUGUCUGAGGACCUUACAGUAAAGAUUGGAGACUUUGGCAUGACCAGAGAUAUUUAUGAAACCGAUUACUAUCGUAAAGGUGGCAAGUCACUGCUACCUGUGAGAUGGAUGUCCCCGGAAUCUCUAAAAGAUGGCAUCUUUACAACAUAUUCAGAUGUCUGGUCAUUUGGUGUUGUGCUGUGGGAAAUUGCCACGCUGGCAGAGCAGCCCUAUCAGGGAAUGGCGAACGAGCAGGUCCUUCAUUUUGUGAUUGACAAUGGAAUCCUGGAGAAGCCAGAGAACUGCCCUGAUAGACUUCAUGAGUUAAUGCGUUGGUGUUGGCAGAAGAACCCAAAGCAUCGGCCAUCGUUCAUCCAGAUCCUAGAGAGUAUAAAGGAUGAGUUGCCUACUAGUUUCCAACAAGUGUCCUUCUGCAACAGCCAGGAGCGCAAACGGAGCGGUUCAAUGGAGACUUCCGACACAGAAGUGGACCAAUCUCUGAAUAACCUCUUGGAUCAGCCCCCAUCUCCUUCUUUUAACAACUGUUCCUCUCAAGCCAAGGAAGAAAAAGGCAACUCUCUAAAAGCCAUAGCAACCAAGAGAGAUUCUAGUAAAAAUAAGAACUGCUAUCAUAUGAACGGCCAUGCAAAGCACUGAUAAAAGUAUUGCAAAGACUUUUUUACUGUAUGUAAGGACUUUACACUUUAUAGAUGUAGCUUUUACUAGCGUGGUGUCACCCAUGAGUCUAAUGUUAUUCUGUAAACAUGAGAUAGAAGCACUAAGGUCGACAGAUAUAACCGUCAUUGUGCCUGAUAUUCCCUAUUCUAAUAGGUCAUUUUUUAUGGUCAGUCUCAAAAGGUGUCCAUUUCGGUUGAUCUGGAGAACAGGCCUAGUUGUUUUUUUUUAAUAACGCGGAUAGAAUGUUUUUUUUUUCUAUGUGCUACUGUCAGAAGCACAAUGCAGGUGCUAGAGUUUUCAUGUGACUUGUGUGAUGAUUUCAGACCAAAUCGUGACAUUCCAGCAGGGGAUAUAAGAAUGGAAAUAGAGAGGACAUAGAGAGCCCUUGGCAAUGUUGCCUUAUAGAAUCAAAGUGCCUUCAAAGGUUGCCUUCUUCAUCAUUUAAAUCAUGGCUCCAGCAUGGCGCAUUCUGGAAGCUCCCAAAGUGGCCAGUUU